AUGGACUGGGAAGCAAUCGAGUAUCAAUAUUUAGGAGACAACAGAUUCUUUGGUCGGCUCGUUGGAGUCUGGCCUAAUCAAGAAAAAUACCUGAAAUAUUUUUUACGAUCGUUCGUACUUCUUACGAUGAUACUUUCUUUUACAACUCAGAUAGCCCGGAUUGUGAAGUUCUUUGACAAGAACGUUCUAGCAGAUCAAGUGAUGUAUCUGACUAUAGGAUGCGCCCUUCUGAUCAAACAAUACAACUACAUCCUGAACGAGGACAAGCUAAGGGAACUUCUACAUAACAUCGUGUCUGAUCGACUGAUGGACCGACCAGAAGACGAGGUAGCGAUUUUGGAAAUGUACGGCAAGAGAGCACUAGUCCUCUCAUUCUUCUACAAAGUCACGCUGAUUGGCUGCGGGUCCAUGUUCAUCCUGAUACCAGCCAUACCAUCUGUUCUGAACAUCGUCGUGCCAUUGAACGAGUCACGAAGCCGUGAACUGAUCUACCCGUCUUACUAUUUCGUUGACGAGCAACGGUAUUACUACCCCAAACUGGUGCACAUGGAGCUGGUGACGGUGAUAUUCAUAACCAUGUUCAUUGCCUGCGAUACGCAUCUGAUUCACAUUGUGCAUCAUGGUUGUGCGUUGUCGUAUAUCAGUGGGUAUCGUUUCAAGCAUGCCUUGGAUGACUUCGAUCCGGCAAAUCAAAAUGCCGAGCGAAUAGAUAGAGCCUAUGCGAAAGUGAGGCGAUCCGUUGAGGCUCACAAGAGUGCUGUUGACUAUGUGGAUAAAAUCGAAGCCUGUCACACGAAUUACUUCCUCAUCAUGAUAGCAUCGAUAGUCACUGUGUUCACACUUACUUUUGUGAUGGUGGCGACAAUGGAAUUUGGGCCUAGAUUCUUCAUCUACUGCAUUUGCAUUAUGGGUCAAAUGAUUCAUCUUUUGUUCUUAACAAUCCUGGGGCAGUUCGUGAUCAAUACCAACGAUGAAACCUUCCUGACAAUAUGUGAAAACUGUUGGUAUAAGGGUGUACCGAGAACGCGAUUGUUGUACGUGCUGGUGCUGAGGAAAUGUUUGGACCCACCUAUAUUGACAGGCGGGAAAAUGGUCUACUUGAAUUUGGAAACUUUUGUACAGGUCAUGAAAGUAUCAUUCUCGUACUAUACAAUGCUAAGGUCUACAUAG